AAGCUCAGCUCCAGCGAAAACCAGUAAACAGAGCCAAACUCAACACAGUUGGCCAAAACGAUCGUCGGCCUGGGCCUUCAUGCGACCAGUUUUCAGUUGCCUUUCGACGUGUUGUGUUUUUUCCAUUAGACGCACGCAUGCGCUGUGAAUUAUGAAAGUGCUUGAAUUUACUGUAAAUACAACUAUUUGGUAAUUGGCUUAUGGCUCAAAGUGCUGGAGGAAGUCAAAAGAAAGAAUUCUAAGAAUAUGCCUCAAGGCACUCAGCUAACAGGCCCUGCAACGCAAUUGCUAUGCGUCAUCUUGGCCUAUGGAGUUGCCACACAAAGCGGCGUUGCGGCACAGCACCUGAUUGCAUAUCUCUCGCAGCAUGGACUCCAUGGCGAGAUCACAUUUCGACAGAGUGGUCCCGACCAGGUGGAGAUUCAGUCGAACUUGGAGGCCACGCUGCAGUAUCCGGAUCAAGUGUGGAGCUGGGCGGUGCGACGCUUCCCCGUGGACUACACCAACAUCGAUCCCGAGGAGCGUUGCGAACUGGACCGACUGGGCGCCCAGGUGCUGAGCUUCGAUGAUGAUCUGGAGUACUUGGUGUUGCCGGGCAAUGAGACAGCGACCUGGCAGCACAAAAUGCAGUUGAUUGGCGAUCGUGGCAUCUGGGGCAAGUCGCUGGUGCUGACGGAAAUCAAUUCGAAUGCUCGCAUCUGUGCCACAAUCACCACGGUGCAGAGUUCGCUGGAGCACAUGGCUGAGGCACGAUUCAAUACGCCCAUUGCGGGCUCCGUUUACUUUCGCUGGCUGGCACCGUCAGAUGACGAGAGCGGUGACACCCUCAUCUACUCGGAUCUGUAUCACAUACAGGAGCAGCCGCCACCCGUUGAGGGUGAGGCAAGUCGCCCGUUUACGCAGCACCACUGGAAGAUCUUUGUGACGGACAUCUUCAAGCUGGAUCAUCAUCGCAGCGAAGACAACUGCAACUUUCUGCAGCUAGUGUUCGAUCCGCAGGGCAGCGGGUCGGGCAAGGGUAUUGGCGACUUAGAUGCACGUCUGGGCAGGAUUGGUGUGGCGAAAAAUGCCCUUCGCAAGGCACAGCGCAGCGUCUACAGGGAUGCCAAACUGGCGUUGCUACCCUCCGAUCUGACCAUUCCACAUCGCACACUCUACCUGGUGAUCUACGACAAUCAGCAUCCGGACAACUACUUGGCCUGCACCAAGAUCAGACACGUUCCAGCCUUGACAUAUAAAACCUUCAUCAAUUCCGGCGGCGUUAAGGGCGAGGUCACGCUUACGCAGCGCUCCAAGUUCGAUCCCACUUUCCUCAACUUCACCCUGUCCACGCCACACUCCCAGCAUGUGAGUCGCAAGUUCGCCGAGGAUGUGGCCGCCUUUCGCAUCCAUAGUCUGCCGCCAACGCCUCAACGCCUUGGCCAGGCCAAUUACUGCGAGACAACGGGCGAGCUGCACAAUCCGCGGGAGCUGCAGCAGGGCCAUGUGCCGCCACCGGGCUAUGGCACUCAGGAGCAGUACGCUCUGGGCGAUCUCAGUGGCAAGCUGCAGGGUCGCAACAAGCAGUACUGGCAUCAGUACGUCCUGCCCGGCACCAGCUCCGAGCUGAGCGGUCUCUACUGGGAUCUCUUUCUGCCGCUGCAGGGUCGCCACAGCAUCGCCCAUCGCAGUCUGGUCAUCUACACCUACAACCGCACCGAUGUCCAGAAUAUAACCCAGAACAUUUGGGGCUGCUCCGCGUUGAAUCUGUAUCAGCGCAAUGGCAUCUAUCAGCAGACCAUGUUUACGGCACAGGUACUUUUUCGCUAUCCGAUAGUUGGGCGUGUCAUUCUUCGGCAGGCUGCCGAGCAACCCUGGCAGGAUACCACCGUUCUGUUUGAGUAUCUGAUCCAAGCGGAUGGUUCCUCGCAGAACACCAGCUACGAGCAUCGCUGGGCCAUACACAGCAAUCCGCCGGGCAAGGAUUUCUAUGACUGGCAGCAACGCUGCGUCUCAGCGGGUGCCGUCUAUAAUCCCUUCAAGGUGGAGUGGGGCAAUCGGAGUGUCGAUGAUUUCUGUCAGGCCCAGUUGCCAGCUAUGUGUCGGCUGGGAGCACUGGAUGCCCGCCUGGGCAGACUGACAAUAGCUGGGAGGAGGCGAGAUGCCAGGGUGUUCAGUCGUCGCAUGUUCAGCGAUGGGAAUCUACCGCUAUCCGGUAGUCACAGCAUACUGGGCAAGUCCCUGGUCAUUUACGAUGAUAACGGACCCAAAGCGCGAGGCGAGCGACUCGCGUGCUCCAGUGUGAUUGGUCACUAUCGUCGCAAGGUGGUUGCCAAGGAUUGGUAUGCCAACGGAGAUCCACUGACAGUCAGUGGCAAGAUGGAGAUCACCCAGCAGUCAGAGUAUGAUAUCAGCAAUGUGGAGGUUCAGCUGAAGGGGCUGCAGGACAACGGCGGUUAUCACAUUCACAUGACACCCGUUGAGGCCAAUCUGGCGUUUCCCUGCGAGGCAUCCACGCUCUACGGCCACUGGAAUCCCUUCGACGUUAAUCCGAAGUCCUCGCCUCCGCCCAAACGGGGCACUAGCGAUCAGUAUGAAAUGGGCGAUUUGAGUGGCAAGUUUGGACGCCUAAAUGGACUCAUGCAGUACGAGGACUCCUACAAUGAUACCUAUCUGCCACUCUUCGGCUACAGCAGCAUCAUUGGACGCUCUGUGGUCAUUCACAAGCAAGAGCGAAACGCUCGCUGGGCCUGCAGCACCCUGGAGCGUGGUUAUAGUCCGAGUGAGGCACGUGAGCUGCGUGCCAUUGCCUCGUUUCAUCAUCCCACUGGAUAUGCCUAUGGCUAUAUUAAGAUGACGCAGUUAAUCCACAACGAUGGCAGUCAGUCGGAGACGGUGAUUGAGGUGAAGCUCCGACAUCCUGGCAAGAACGAUCGCAACUCGACGCGCAACCACAACUGGCAGAUAUUUGUCAAUCCGGUGGGUGUCGAUGCCACCGUCAAGCCCACUAUUACCCGCUGCGUGGCAGGUGGUUACGUCUGGAAUCCCUACUACACACAGCUCGCAGAUCCCUUGAAUCUUGAUCUGUAUGAACAGGAGUGUGGACCGGAUAAUCCACUGCGUUGCUAUGUGGGCGAUGUGGGUGCCAGAUUGGGCACAAUUGAUUUGGGUGGGGAGCGGGUGGUGCUCACUGAUACCAAUUUUCCGCUGGAGGCACCUGUUGGUGCAAUUGGCCGUUCGAUUGUCAUCUUUGGACCGGAACAUUCGCACGAGCGUUUCGCCUGUGCCAACAUCGAACCGGAUCACAAUGUCAUCAAAUACAUUAAUCUACAGAAGCCGCCACGUUUUGUUGUCGCACAAUUUUUGGAGGAGCUGCGUUCUGUGAUGGGCAUUCCGGAGUGGAUGUUGGAUGUGGAUGCGCGCAAAACAAAGGAGCUGCACGGCGGCGCCUGCAUCCAGAUGAUCAUACACUUCAAGGGACCACUGGCGCACCGCUUGGAGCUGGACAUGUCCCGGCUAAUAGCAGCUGGUCGCCUCGAAGCACCCAGUCUCUAUGUGCCCGGCUAUGUGAACCAGAAGCGCAAGUCGACCAUCUCGUAUCGUACCUGCGGCGUCAGAGAUCGUAAUGAAAAGCGCACCAAAACCCUGAAGGGCAGUUUCUCAUCUAGUUUAGCAUCAACCCAGCCAAAGUCUUUCGUAUUAGCUGUCACAGUCAUCACUUUAGUUUGUAGCCAAAUUUUUGUAAAUACUUAUUGUUAAUAAAUAGUUAAAGGGGCAAUAAAGUCACAUAUUUGUA